AUGCUCCUGAAGCGCCAAAGUUUAGACACUAUUUGUAGUGCUUCCAUUGUAGAUACACAAGGAGUAGAUGAAAUAAAUACCACUAAUCUAGAAAAAACUUAUGUUUAGUUCUACUAGAAAAUGCAAGAACAACGUAGUUAGAACAUUUACUAGUGCACAAAGAAAUAACAAUUCUAAAAUUAAUUGAAGCAUAAACAAGCAAACCAUUAUAAUCAGUACAUUCAAUAGCCGAUUACAACUAUUAAAAGGUUGCAAAAUUAAACAAUAUCCAGAUUGUAACGAGAAUUUAUCAUUAGUACAAACAAUUAUAGUUACUUGUGCACUUAAUAAUUUACUGUUAUUGACGAUGUAGUAAAAUUAGGAGGUAUAGCUAUUCUUAACAGAGUAGUGUAAAUUCUUUGA